AUGGAGGGCCACCGUCGGGCGCAUGCGGUGGCGCUGUGCCUGCUAUGGCUGUGGGCCGGCGGGCUCUGCCAAGAGAACGCUGCCUCCGUCUACAUCGUCACUCUGAAGCAAGCUCCCACCGCCCAUUACUACGAUCUCCUGAGGAGUUCUAAGAGCAGCACCGGCGGCGGGGAAAGUGGCCCGAUGAACACUCUCAACAAGCCAAGGUGCGGCCUGUCUGUUCACAACUUCUCGGCCGCCUUCGUCCCCCAACUGGGUUCUGGUUAAUCUGAAGAUUUAAAUACUUGUUCAUCUGUGAUCCGCUCGGAUCUCGCCAUGGCUCUCUACUCUUCCUCUGUUUUUUCCUCAGGAAAAGCCACAUGUGUCGGGUCUCUGAGACAUUAUUAUUUAUUUGAUGAAGGGCGAAUAAUAUUGUUGAUGACAAACCCACCCAGAUAGAAAGUCCAAUUAUUUAUUGAUUCAUUACUUUUUUUAUGUGUUCAUCUGGAUCACUUCAGGAAUGCGUCAAGACCCGACGGAAGCUACGGCAAGAACCUCAUCCGCCUCCAUGACUCCCUCCUGAGAAGGGUCCUCAAGGGCCAGAACUAUCUGAAGCUCUACAGCUACCGCUACAUUCUGAAUGGGUUCGCCGUCCUGGUCACUGCCCAGCAGGUACAUCCCAUCUCCCGCUCGGAUCAUUCACACCCACCUGCAACUUCCCAAGAACAAAAAUUACAGAAAAAAAAAAUGAAUAUCAUAUUCUUGUGUCCAUCUUCGACCGUGAAAGGCGGAGAAGCUGGCGAGGAGGCAAGAGGUGGCGAAUGUGGCGGCGGAUUUCUCUGUGCGCACCGCCACGACCCACACUCCGGAGUUCUUGGGCUUGCCCAAGGGGGCAUGGGUCAAGGAAGGUGGAGCAGAUGUUGCAGGGGAAGGGGUGGUCAUCGGGUUCAUCGACACGGGGAUCGAUCCCACUCAUCCCAGCUUCUCCGACGAAGCUCCACUCAAUGUCUUCCCAGUGCCGCUUCAUUUCUCCGGCGUGUGCGAGGUCACAAGGGAUUUCCCAUCUGGGUCCUGCAACAGGAAGCUCAUCGGCGCCCGGCACUUCGCCGCCUCCGCCAUUACCAGGGGGAUAUUCAACGCGACCAAGGACUAUGCUUCGCCAUUUGAUGGGGACGGCCAUGGAACGUGCGUGCAUCAGUCUAGCUUCUUUUCUCUGCAUGAUUUUAUUUUUCCGAUUAUUCUUGCUAUUUUACUUCACUGCAGUAAAAUCGGCUCAAGUUUAUUUGACAGGGUUGGUAUUUAUUUUAUUUAUUUUAUCAUACUUUAUUAAGAUAGUCCACUUCUUUGUCAAUCUUCUUUGCUCAUUGAUCAUUUAUAAAAAUAUCAAAUGAUUGGAUAAAGGAGAGAUUACCUUGAUGUAGUCGGUUGUUCUUUUACUAAGAUAGUUCACUGCUUUGUCAAUUUUCUUUGCUCGCCACUUAUUAAAAUAUCAUAUCAAUCCAUAAGUGAAAAAUUAUCUUGAUCUAGCUGGUUGUUCUUUACUAAGAUAGUCCACUGCUUUGUCAAUCUUCUUUGCUUGUCAUUCUGUUAAAAUAUCAUAUGAUUGGAUAAAAUUAUCUUGAUGUAGUGGGCUGUUCUUCCACAGGCAUACAGCAUCCAUUGCAGCAGGAAAUCAUGGCGUCCCUGUUAUUGUCGCUGGGCAUCACUUUGGGAACGCAAGCGGCAUGGCUCCUCGUGCGCAGUAAUUAGUCAUCUUUUAAUAUUCUAUUAAUCUCUUUAUCAUAACACUGGAGAUUAUUUGAAUUUUGACUCUAUGUAUUUAUUUAUUUAUUUAUUUGGCAGCAUUGCUGUCUACAAGGCGCUUUACAAAAGCUUUGGGGGGUUUGCAGCUGACGUCGUUGCCGCCAUCGACCAGGUGCGUCUGAUGCUGAACUGCAGGCUUGGCUUCUGUUAUUUCUAGGCGUUGAGUGUAAUCAGUAUAUUUCUAGCCGCAAUUUCCUGAAGACUUGCCAGAUUUAGCAGGAUUACUGCCUCAGUCAACCCCCAUGGGAACUCCUACUCUGGAGAUUCUGGAGUUUUUUUUUUUUUUUUCGUUUUUAAGAGCUCGUUUAUUUUUAACUUGCUUCAAAUAUUUAAUAAAAAAUAAUGAUGCUUGUUCUGAAUUUCGGCUGCAAUUUUUUUAUAUAAUAAUUACGAUUUAUUAUAUCCACAGGCAGCCCAAGAUGGAGUAGAUAUAAUAAGCUUGUCGAUCACCCCCAACCGGCGUCCUCCUGGAAUAGCGACGUUCUUCAACCCCAUUGACAUGGCCCUUCUUUCGGCAGUAAAGACUGGCAUUUUUGUGGUGCAAGCAGCUGGAAACACGGGCCCAUCUCCAAGAAGCAUGUCUUCCUUCAGCCCAUGGAUAUUCACGGUCGGCGCUGCAGCCCAUGAUCGAGUCUACAGUAACUGCGUCGUCCUCGGGAACAAUCAUACUAUUUCAGGACUUGGGCUCGCACGUAAGUCUUAAAAGCUCCUUGUCCUUCAGGAUCAUGAGACCAUAAAAGGCGGUAUUUCUAUAUUUUUGCCACCAUUUAGAUGGUAAAAGGUCCCUGAUUGGGAGGCUCACUCCAUCAGAAAAUAUCCUUCACAGUCAUGAGAUAAUAAAAGGUGGUGUUUCUAUAUUUUCGCCACCAUUCAGAUGAUAAAAAGGCCCUGAUUUGGUAGAUUCUUAGGCUCGCUCUAUCAAGAAAUGAAAGCUAGUAAUAUUUUUAUUUUAUUUUUCAAUUUGUGUUCUUUUCUGGAUCAUUUUUUCUGCUCCAGGGCCCUGGUUUUUCAGAUGUGUCUGUUCCUCAUUUCUUGAAAUGAGGUACUUUUAGCCUUCUAUUUCAUUUCUCUAACAUAAAAUAACCAAAAAAUUAAACUCUUCAUAAAGUAUAUGAGGUCGUUUCAGCCUUCUAUCAUCUUUCACUCUCUCUCACUCUCCAUCUUUGGAUGUAAUUUCAGCGGGAACAGAUGGGGAUUCGAUGUACCCAUUGGUUUCCCCCAUUCAUGCUCUGAGAGACGAUGCAUCGGUGGACACUACGAGCAGCAUGUACGUGGGGGAGUGCCAAGACCCAAGCCCUCUAGAUAAAGAUUCCAUAAGUGGAAAUAUUCUGAUAUGCAGCUACUCAGUCCGCUUUGUGCUCGGUCUCUCCACGAUACGGCGGGCCCUGGAGACCGCAAAGAAUCUCAGUGCAAGGGGCAUUAUCUUCUACAUGGACCCUUUUGUGAUGGGCUUUCAGCUGAAUCCGACUCCCAUGAAGAUCCCAGGCCUGAUGAUUCCAUCUCCUGAAGAUUCCAAGGUAUUUGUACCAUCUUUCAUGAGCUCCCAUUUUUGUGGAAAAAAAAAACUAUAGGACAUUCUUCUCUCAUUAUGCCGAUCUGGGUCAACGCCCUAUCCCAGGAAAAUCCUCUGCCCUGACGCAUGCAGAUUAAAUUAAAAUUUCCCCUUUAAUUAUUUUCCUUUAUCCUUUGUGGGUAGGCUUUUAUUUUUUUCAACGAGGUACAGAAAACCUCAAAGAUCAGCUUCGAGAAGUAGAGGGGGUGUUUAUAGGUUUGACUUUGUGCCUGAUUUUUCCUCCAUUUAAUUUUAUUGUCUUAUCAUUUUCUUGGGUAGAUCUUUCUCCAAUACUACAACUCCUCGAUUGUGAGAGAUGAAGCCUCGAGAUCGGUCGUCAAGCUUGGUGGUGUUGCCAGGAUAUUUGGCGGCCUGAGGGCCAAUUACAGUAAUCUGGCACCCAAGGUGCUCUACUACUCCGCCAGAGGGCCCGACCCGGAGGACAACUCCUUCCACGAUUCGGAUAUCAUGAAGCCCAACCUGAUAGCCCCCGGCAACCUCAUAUGGGGGGCUUGGAGCUCUCUGGGCGCUGACUCCAUGGAAUUCCAAGGUAACAAAAGCCCAGCCCAUUCCGUCGUGUUCUUCCUUGCCAGGCACGGAUCCAAUGUGGCCUCUGUUGACCCGAUGGAGAAUUGCUCGUUCAUGGGCUUGAUCUGAUCUUCAAUUGUGUGGGAGGGAUGGUGACAAUUAGUGAAGGAUCAGUUCCAUUUUAUGCUGAAAAUAGAUGGGUGUUGACUUUUUGAAUAAUGAAUAAAUAACGUACUGAAUUAUGUUGGAAUUGCCCAUUCAUGGGUUUGAUUUCAGCAUCAAUUAUGUUGGAGGGAUGAUGAGAACUAAGAAAAUAUCAGCUCGUUUUAUGCUGAAAAUAGAUGGGUGUUGACUUUUUGAAUAGUGAAUAAGCUUACUGAACUGCCCCCUCUUGACCCCCUGAGAAUUCCCCAUUGCUGGUAUUGAUUUGAUCAUCAAUUAUGUGGGAAGGAUGGUAAUACUUAGGAAAGUAUAAGCUCGAUUUUAUGCUGAAACUAAAUGCGUGUUGACUUUUUUGAACAGUGAAUGAGCUUAGCUUACUGGAAGCGGAUUUUGUGAUUUCAGGGGAGAGCUUUGCUCUGAUCUCCGGAACCAGCAUGGCAGCACCGCAUGUGGCCGGGCUCGCCGCCUUGAUCAAACAGAAGUUCCCAGGUUUCAGCCCCUCGGCCGUGGCCUCCGCCCUCUCGACGACCGCCUCCGUUUAUGACAAGCAGGGCGGCCCCAUAAUGGCCCAGAGAGCCUAUACCAAUCCUGACGCCAGCCAGUCGCCGGCGACUCCAUUCGACAUGGGCAGUGGCUUCGUCAACGCCACCGCUGCCUUAGACCCGGGUUUAAUCUUUGAUUCAAGUAAACCCUCUCUCUCUCUCUCUCUCUCUCUCUCUCUCUCUCUCGCUAUUUUCUAUUUGUGCCAUCUGGGUCAUGCCUGAUUUUCUGUUAGGAGCUCUUUACUGGCAGAGAACGGAGGAUUCAUGACUGUUGGCGUUGACUUUGCAGGUUUCGACGACUACUUGUCGUUCCUCUGCGCCAUCAAUGGGUCGGGCCCCGUCGUUCUGAACUACACAGGCCGUGGAUGCGGCGGCGCUACCGUUGACGCCGGUGAUCUCAACCUGCCCUCCAUCACCGUCUCGCUGCUGAACCAGUCGAGGACCGUCUCGAGGCGGGUCACCAACGUCGCCGGUGACGAGACCUACGCCGUCACCUGGAGCUCCCCCUUCGGCGUCUCGGUCUCCGUUUCGCCGUCACGCUUCUUCAUCUCUGCCGGCAGGAGUAGGGUUUUGACUUUCGUCCUCAACGCCACCAUGAACAGCUCGUCGGCGAGCUUUGGACGGAUAGGGUUGUACGGAACCGGAGGCCAUGUCGCCAGCAUACCGCUGUCGGUGAUUUCCAAGGUCAACUUUGACAAAGAGGUGAAGUGA